GGACAGCCGCAUUCCGAGCAAGGACGGCCGGGUGACGAGUCGACACAGCGCACGGAGCUACAUAAGUGGAACAUGUGAUUUAAAAGGACGCAUAUAGGAGCGCUGCUGACGCAGAGACGAGUCGCGCGGAAAGCCCGCGCAUCUGGGAUUUUUUUUUUUUUUUACACCAUCACAUUUCUCCUUUUUCAUAACCAAACCAAAAAUAUAUCGGAAUUAUAUAGUUAGAGUAUACAUGUGAUGGAUUUAUCGACAUUUUUUCCCCUAGAUAUGAUGACAUUUGCUUUUUAAUAGUGUCGACUCCACCAUAUUUAAGCUAGCUUGAACUGCUUAGCAAAAUAUGCUAAAGGGUAUUUUUUUUACACAGCACCAGCGUCUCUUUGGCGUAUUUUAAGGAGGUAAAAGAGGACAUUUUUUUUAAGAGAGCGACUCCCUCGACCUCCUUACAUAAAUGUUUGCGUGCCGUUAGUGCUCCGGUUUUCGGUCGAACCCCCCCAACCCUAUUCCCUCCCCAGCUGAAUACACAGACAGACUCACCUGAGCGCGCGCACACGCGCGCACACACUAUGCAUACAUAAUUGUACAGACAGACCUAACACGCGCGCACACACACCUCACCCCCCCCCCCCCCCCCCAUCUGAUGAAUCCUUAUUAUAUAGGUGGACGUGGCAAGGACCUGGCUGUAGCAUCCUCCUCAUCACCUCAUCACCACCACAAUCUUCAACGUCGUCUUCCUGGCCACCAUGUCUUCGUCGUCGCGCAAGAUCUCCUCGGAGUCCUUCAGCAGCUCGGUGGGCUCCGAUUGCGGGCUAGAAAGCCCCGUAGGAGACGCGGGGGACGGUGGGCUCCUGGAACCGGCCGAGGAGAUCCGAGGAUGCCCCUUCUCCUCCCACAGAUCGCUUCUCUGGAACGGCCGUAGCCCCGCCGACAGGCUGGCUUGUCCUGGGGGCGAGGAGAAGCCGGGAGUCGGCGUGUCCCACAAAAGGGUGACCAGAAGGAGGAGGGUGAACUUGGAUUCGCUUGGAGAAAGCCUAAGGCGGCUGACCUCACCCACGACACAGACUGUUCAAGAGGCUCUGCAGAGAACUAUGAAGUUUUACCGACAACGAGAGAUCAGGUGUCCAGAUUCUGGUAGAGGGGACCAGCAAUGCGAAAGUAAGGAGGAGAAGUGCCCGUUUUUAGAAAAUUGUGGUUCAGAAGAAGGCGUUCUUCAAAUCCUACAGUAUAUGGCCACUAUAUUGGGAGUACCGUUCUUUGAGCUGCGUGAGCAUUUUGGUGAGGAGUUCUUUGGCCUGUGCUUUGAAGAAAACGAACGCGUGCUCAGGGCUGUAGGCAGCAACCUUCAGGACUUUUUUAAUGGCUUUGAUGCCAUUUUGGAACACAUUCGAACCUCCACAGGUCGCCGUGCCUCAUCUGAGAGCCCUACCUUUCAGUGUAAGGAUCCCUGCGAGGAAGAGAAAGGUCGUAGGAAAUUGGACAAAGCAAGAGAGCACGGUGCACAAGAUGGCAGGGGGAAGUCACUGCUUCUUCAUUGUUUCAAUCCUGCCCCCGUGGUGGGACUGGUCAUGCCUGGGCUGAUAAGAGCUGUUUCCAAACGCAUCUUUCAUUCAGAAGUGGAAGUAGAAGAAGUGUCACCGCUGACUCCCUUACUGCCCAGUGAAGAUGCACAACACAGUGAUGGUGAUUCCACCACACCCACACCAUCUGCAUCCCCAUCUGCUUCACCCUCCUCCUCUCCGUCUCCUCCCUCAACUUUCCCAACCUCUGCACCCACGGUUUGUCUGUCUUUCCAAAUUCAUGAAACAUGUCCUUCACACUUCCUUCCAAACGCUGCCCCAGUGUGUUCCAAAAAGGCCCCUCUUUCGCUUUCCACCAACCCCAGUGAUCUGCGUAUUAGCCUGGCUACAUUUUGCCGUGCCUUUCCGUUUCACCUUGUUCUGGGCCCUCGUAUGGAACUUCUUCAGCUUGGAGAGGGACUGCGGAAGCAGGCUCGCAUCGAACCUCAUCGGAGUCUUUUAUUUAAGGACUGUUUUGAGAUCGUCUCACCCAAGAUGGAGCCUUCAUUCCAGCGUAUCCUACUGAGGCUAGCAUCUCCUUUUACCAUCCGUACCAAGCCGGACACCACACAAGCCGGGACCAAGGAGAAGGUCAUGGAGUUGAAGGGUCAGAUGAUCCAUGUGCCCGAGUCCUCCUCCCUGAUGUUUCUGGGCUCACCACGUGUUGACAAAUUGGAGGAACUCAUGGGCCGGGGCCUUCACCUGUCAGACAUUCCCAUCCAUGAUGCCACACGGGACGUUAUCUUGGUGGGGGAGCAGGCCAAAGCUCAGGAUGGCCUCAAAAAGAGAAUGGACAAACUAAAGGCUACAUUAGAGCGUACCCACCAGGCGCUGGAGGAGGAAAAGAGAAGAACCGUGGACCUCCUUUAUUCCAUAUUUCCAGGUGAUGUGGCCCAGAAGCUGUGGCAGGGUCAACCGGUGCCCGCUCGAAAGUUUGAUGACGUCACCAUGCUGUUCUCAGACAUCGUGGGUUUCACUGCUGUGUGUGCACAGUGCACGCCUAUGCAGGUCAUCUCCAUGUUGAAUGAGCUGUACACUCGUUUCGACUACCAGUGUGGCAUUCUGGAUGUUUAUAAGAUAGAGACCAUAGGUGACGCCUACUGUGUGGCGGGAGGUCUUCACAAGAAGGUUGAGAGUCAUGCAAGGCCCAUUGCACACAUGGCUCUGAAGAUGAUGGAACUUUCUGAGGAAGUGUUGACGCCUGAUGGGAAGCCUAUCAAGCUGAGGAUCGGCAUCCACACAGGUUCAGUCCUGGCCGGUGUUGUCGGUGUUAAAAUGCCACGAUAUUGUCUCUUUGGGAACAACGUGACUCUGGCCAGCAAGUUUGAAUCGGGGAGCCAUCCCAGGUGUAUCAAUGUCAGUCCUACAACUUACCAGUUGCUGAAAGAUGACCGAUCCUUUUCCUUCGUCCCUCGUUCGCGUCUGGAGCUCCCUGAGAAUUUUCCCAAAGAGAUUCCAGGAACGUGUUAUUUCCUGGAGGCAGGAACGUCCCACAGCCAUGCAUCAUUGACCAGCUCUCGCUCCGCUCCCCCGUCCUCUAUGAGGAAAGUGUCCUACAGCAUCGGGACCAUGUUUCUAAGAGAAACUAGUUUGUAGGUGUCGCACAAAAACAAGCUAAUGUGGCUACUGAGGAUACGGGAGCCAACAACCGAAGCCGUGAAACAAGCAGGACAGCAAUAACACACAUCUGCGGAUAUGCAAACGACAACUUGGGAUCACAGGUUUGGGAUUGCCUGCAGGUGACUCCCCAGAUGGACUCAUUGAAUUAGCAAGAGAAACCUGAACAUAGCUUUAAGUUCUUGCAGGGUUCUUCUGGCCCACACAUGAGAACACGCUCUCUUCAGCAGCUCUUUGUGUCAAAAGACCGUCCUUAAAAGCUGUGACGCUUCUACAAGAUCGGAUGACGUUGCUCUGUUGAACUGCCUGUAUGGACAGGAAGAACCGCGACAGUACCCCCCCCUCCCCAUGUCCUGCUUUCCAUCAAAAUUAAUGUGCAUUACAACAACACCUGCCCGGCGGAGCAGUUGGACAGGUUUAAGAACCAUUUCAUAACAAGUGUGAUUCUCAGCUCAGUGCCUUUUUAACCAUUCAAAUCAGGACACAAAACAGGAUUAUUUCAAAUAUUUCAUUAAAAAAAAGCAGCACAUUUAUCUUAUUUUGUCUUUUAACGCUUGUUUUCAGAUAUUCUAUUUCUUCCCUGUGAAUCUGUCAGUGAAUGAGCCACAUUAGCAACGAAAGUCGCCACCGUAGCCCAUGCAAGGGAGGGACGAGGUAGUAGUGCUGUCUGUUAUUUCAAAAAAAUAAUAAAAGUGCACUUCAUAGGUUCCCAGUAUUUGACACUGCAUUUAUCGAUUAUACCCAGAUGUACCAGUACUACAUGCAUACUUAUGUUUUCUUUUCCCGAUAUUACAGUACUAUUUCUGAUUUUAAUCUUCUCUCUUCAUUUUCCUGCUACAUACUUGAAAUCUCAGGCAUUCCAAUUAUGUUGGUGUAGCUCAAUAACCGAGACACGCUGAAAUAAUUGGAGACGGUCAUGAAUCUGUGAGGGUGACAUCAUUAUAAUGUUUGAAGCUUGCAUAAGAAACUCACAAUACAGUUUGACUAUAAAGAUGUGAUAGAUAAUUGAUUAUUAAUUGAUUAACAGGUAUUGAAAAUGACUGUGAUUGGAUGGAAUCUGAAGCUAGAUGAACCGCAGUACUUAACUGCAACCAACAGAGGCGCUAUCUAUUCACUUUCAACUGACUUGUGGUCGAAAGAUGAACCUAAUGAUAUCAUCGUUUGCCAAUAUCUCUAGAGAAGUUCCAUGUAAUUGACAAUAGUAAACAAAAAAAAUGUAUUGAUUAGCUAAUUGUCCAUUUUCUGCAUCGUUCUAGGAAAUCAGAUUCCCAUCCGAUUCUCUCACAGGCGGAUCACAGAGAGUUUCGACUCUAAAUGGACUGUUCCAACACCAACACAUCCAAAUGUUUCAUUUUGAGUGUCACCAGACUUUGGGACAGAUAAAAUCGCCAUGGACUUAAUUCGGGGUUCCUCUGAGUAUUUUCUAUUUCCAUCCUUUCUUCAUGCCAAGCUUAGCAAAUUACAUAAAAUGUGCCAAAAAACGAUGUAGUUAACUCAGUUUUUACGGUGGAACCUCCAAAGAUUGAACACAAUGGUUAGGAUGUUCAUACAUAGAACAAACAUGUCUUAUGUUAAAUAAUGGAACUAGAAAUAAGCGGUCACUAUAAUAAAAGUUGUAUUAACCAUACAAAUAAUGUUUGGAGUCAUUUUGUAGCAUUCAAGAUGUAAAAAGUCUUCUAAGGUUCUAAGGUUCCGGAUGUGUAUAAGAACAGUUUGAUCCAUCAAAAUCUCCAUCCGAAAGGUACAAGAAGCAUUUUUUUUUUUACUUCAAAAUAGUAAAAAGCUAGGUACAGAUUGGUUAACUGUGCCUAAUAAACUGACCCAGUCUGUCCCAUUUCCCGUUUCAUGGAACCGGAUAGAGAUUUAUUCAAGUAAAUCUACGAGUGGCGCUAGCUUUUCUUCUUGUCACUCACACACAUUUUUGUUUUUUUACUGCACUAGCUGUUGUUAUUUCACUGAUAUUUUUUCCCCAAAUUUGGUUUGAUUUCAGAUGGUGGAAGACUUUGGAGGUUCCAUUGUCAUAAACGUGUUUACUAUCGAGUCAGUUUAUGUAUGCGCACCAGCAUUCUUGUGUGUGUGUCUGUGUCACUCAGCAUUCAAACAAGAUGCUAUCUUGUAGACACCAGCAUUUACACAAACGUGCCAUAUUUGUUAAAUGUAUGGCCAUCGCACAUAUGAAUUAUUUCCACCACCCUUGUUUAUUGUUCAUUUUAAUGCCCGGUACAACUAAAUUUUCGGUCGUCCUUUGCUACAUUGAAGUUAAAAUUUUGUGGAUUGAAUGAUCUCACAACAUGUACAAUAAUAACAUAAUAAUGAUCAUAAUAAUUUUGAAAUUAUAAUCCACUCCAAGGUAAAACUCAGCCGACUACCAGUUCUCCACACAUACAGAAUACAUUUAUUGUAACUUAAUUAUGUGAUACAUGGCUUACUCCCUCUUAUUAUGUCGACAAUAUUGAGGAAUUGAAUCGUAAAUAUGACUUUAUAAGGGUGUUCUUUCAUGUUUACAGGGCUCUAAUAAUACUAAUAACUAUUUAGAAAAUCAGUUUUCUAUGGUCAAACUAUGAAAAUAUUUGAUUCAUAAAAAAGGACUCCCACUUCACAGAAAUUCACUUAUCACAGUCACUGUGAUAAAUCAGAUAAGACAUUUACAGCAUGAAAAGCACACAAGAGCGAAAAAGUACAAAAUCGAGGUAAUACAAAUCAAGCCGCAGUUUUAUUGCACGUUUAUUGCACAGGAUUUUUGGAGCAGUUAUGUGAUACAUGGCUUAUUCCCUCUGAUUAUGUCUACAAUAUUGGGGAAUUGAAUUGUAAACAUGACUUUAUAAGGGUGUUCUUUCAUGUCUACAGGACUCUAAUAAAACUAAUAACUGUAUGUAGAAAAUCAUAAACAUUUUUUCUAUGGUCAAACUAUGAAAAUAUUUGAUUCAUAAAGAAGGACUCCCACUUCACAGAAAUUCACUUAUCACAGUCACUGUGUAACAGCAGCAAAAGCACACAAAGUACAAAAUCAAAGUAAUACAAAUCAAGCCGCAGGUUUAUUGCACGUUUAUUGCACGUUUAUUGCACAGGAUUUUUGGAGCAGUUUAUUUGGAUGAUGGAUUACUGUCCAUUUGUUUCCACAAAUAUAAUGCCAAACAAUUCAACUCUUAUGAUCACUUUUUGUUAUCGCGUACCUUUUAGCGGUACCAGGCAUUCAAACGAACAAGAAACUGAAGAAACAAGGGUGGACUGUACUAGAGUCUGCAACUUUCAUCAUCAAAGUUCUAACUACUUCACAGGUGGAAUUGUUAAAUAGUAAUAUCAUAUUUACUUAUGUGUUUAAAAUGACAAUGUAAGAUAUUGAAUACAUUAGUCAAUGCAGAUGAAAGGUAAAAUUGCAGACUAUUUUAUUGCUUUAUUUUCAUUAUUAUGAUCAUUUUGUCAUAUCUGUUCGAUUAAUCACUAUAAUGUUGUACACUCUUGGCAGAAAAAAAAGAUGCAUCAUGAUGAGAAUUCGUCCACUCUUGGAAUAAACACAUAGCAUAGAUAUGCAUAUUUAACAUGGAAUAUGUCUUCAUAGAGUUUAAUAACAAUUAAUAGGCUAAUGGUUCUAACACAAAAGAAUGAUGGACUUAGCUUAGCUUUAAUGUGGUCUUCUAUAAACAAAUAAGUGCAUUGGAAGAAGGAGCGAUCCCACUCAACUUGUGCAGCGCCUGCUUUCAGCAUCUCGGCUAUAAAUAAAGAAACGCCGCUACACUGCUGCGCCCACACAACUUGUGUCCAACGCCUGCACGUCCAAGUCUGGGUUGUCUUGGCGUGAUCGGAUUGGUCGUUAGAUGUUUGGUGGUACACACUAGAAAGGAUAGCGGUCCUCUGCGGGUUUUAUUCUUAGCUACCUAGCCUGCAUUGUGCACAUCAUCAUCGUUAUCAGCGUCAAUUAAUGAAGGCCAGGCUUUUGUAUUUGUAUUGGAGUUGAUCAAGGAUAUUAUUAAUGGAUUAAUUAAUGCUAAAAUGUGUUAGAUCUCUUGGAUUAAUCCUGAAAAAAAACUACAUAAUGCUUGAAAUGACCAGGAGUGAGUCAGUGUAUUCCCAUUUAAAUUAAGCAGAAUGCCGUACUAACACCAAAGCACUAUUUCAUUAAUAUCUCAUUCCUAAUUAAUUCAUGCCUUUGAAAGAUUUCCAUUUUAUUAUUAUUAUUAUUUUUUUUUUAGAAUUCCCAUUUAUGCCGCAGCAUAUCCAGGUUCCGUUAGUUUGAUGGAUGUGUGGAUGUACUGUAUUACAAUGUAUGCUAAUUCUCCCAAUGUUUAGUACCGAGGCUGAGCAUGACCUGUGAGUGUUAAGAAGGUGAUGUGUACCUGGAAAAUGGUCAAUGAACGUUGUUUGACUUGACAUGAAGGGCACAUUUGUCUUAACAUCAUGUAAAUAAAAACACCGAGUGUGUUUAACAAGGAGAAACACGGUUGUGGUUGUCCUGUUUGAUCUCGUGAAGGCCAUCGUUGACAUUUACUUUGGACGAGGUUUGACUAUCAGAGGA